AUGGAGUUUGUUGGUUCUUCAACUCAUAAGAAGCACAAAGCAAAAGAUGAUAUAAUCAGCAACCUACCGGAAUCACUUAUAACUCGCAUUCUCUCGUUUCUCCCCACAAAAGACGCCGUUCGAACAAGUGUGUUAUCUAAAAGAUGGAUUGAAAAGUGGACAUUAAUCACCAAGGUGGAAUUGGAUGAUAGCGUGUUCUAUUCUUCGGAGAAGAAGAAAUCAAGUGAAGAACAGCAAUGCUUUAUAGACUUUGUCAAUAGAGUACUUCUUCUUACCGGAAGUCACAGUGUGGAAAGUUUUUCUCUUGUCAUUUGUGACUUUUAUGAUGUAACUGUUCUAAAUACCUUGAUCACUUGUGUAUUGAAGAAAAGGGUAAAAAAACUUUCUAUCUCUUUGCGCGAAGAUCUCCUCUUCUCCGCUCUUACAUCUCACUACCUUUUCAAUCAUGCAACUUGUUUAGAAGAAUUGCUGCUCAAGACUGAUUAUUCUACUAUCGAAAUCCCUCUCUAUAAGAUUUAUGAUGUUUUUCUUUUUAAAAGUCUAAAACUACUCAAGCUGUAUGGAGUUAUAUUUACAAUUGAUAAAUCUCAGCAUAUUAUUUUUCCAGUAUUGGAAAAGUUUGAGACACAUAACUGCUCAUGGAGUUAUAUUAGUGCACACAAUGUCACUUUAGAACUAAAAGCACCUCUACUUGAAAGUGUUUACAUAACACAAGACUAUGAGUCAGUAGUUAGGGAGCCAAGUAUCAAAUUUUCUGAUUCACAACUGAAAGAAUUUACUUAUAUUGGUGAGGAGGGUAUGUCACAAGCUAUUGUUCUGUCAGAUCCAUCUUCAGCUCACAAUGCUACUGUUAGCAUCACUUUGUAUGACACUGGUAAUGAAGUUCAAGAAACUGAAUCAUGUGUCUGUCUCCUUCUCAAACAAUUUAGCCAAGUGAAGAGGAUCAAAUUUUACGGAUCUGAGGUUCUGACACGACCAAAUUUGGCUAUUCUGCCUAAAUUUGCAAUGUUGAGCUAUUUGGAACUUGGCUUUGUUAGUUUUGAAGUUUUGUUGUGCUUAAUUCAAAAGACUCCUGUUCUCAAUACUCUAGUAUUCGAGGGAAUAUUGAAAUUCAACCAUGAGCUUCUUAACUCUGCUGCUGUGCCAGAUUGUUUGACAUCCACUCUUCAAGUUGUGAUAUUUGGAGAUGUACAUGGCUACGAGCAUGAGCUUUUAUUAGCUAAAUAUUUAAUGGAAAAUGGUACAGUGCUUGAGAGGAUGAGUUUCUCCUUUGCUAAUGCACGGUCGGGUAAAUCUAAAGUCAUUGAAGAAUUUAAGGAGAAGCUGUACUCAUUUAAGAAAGGAAUCUCUUUUGCCAUACUUGAAUUUUCCUAUGAUUAUUACUAG